AAAAAGAGUCUUUGAAAACUACAAAGACUUUAAAGUGACAAAGUCACUUUGUCAGAUAAAAUCUUACUAACAUAACGACAAAAAAACUUAUCUGCCUUCUCGGUUUCUCUUUUACGGCUUAACUCUCUCCCACUCACUCCUCGCUCUCCACUUUCUCUCCUUCUCUUCAUUGGGCAAGAAAAUAAAAAAAAAUGGUUACAACCCGAAGAACGAAGGCCAGAGUCACCUCCUCCUCUCACCGCCGACCACCGCAAGAUCCUGAGUCGCCGGUGAAGACGUUCUUCAAGUUGGUCUUACCUUCAACAAUGAAGAAAGACAUGAUGAGGAUACCGCCAACAUUCGUGAAGCUGCAAGGGUCUAACCUGCCUGAUGUUGUUACAUUGAAAACUCCUGUGGGAUUCAAACGUUCCAUAAAGCUCAAACGGAUAGGUCAAGAGAUUUGGUUCCAUGAGGGUUGGAGCGAGUUUGCAGAGGCUCAUUCCAUCAAGGAAGGCCACUUUCUCUUGUUCCAAUACUACGAGAUUUCGAGUUUCCGUGUAAUAAUCUUCAAUGUUUCGGCUUGCGAGAUUGAAUAUCCACUUGAUGCAGUUCAUAUCAGUGACAGUGACGAUGAUAUAAUCGAUAUUACAGACGAAAGGUUUGUUGGAACUCAAGUUACAAGGGGGAAUAAUCAAUCUGUUAAUGGUGGUGAUACAGAACACAACCCCAAGAAGAGACCAAGUGACAUUGAGUUUGACAAGAUUCUACACGAUGUUGAUGUGAUCAGUUCAAUCCAUGUGCCCAAGGAAGAAGAAGAAGACAUUAGAGUCUUCAGGGGAUAACAGGGAGCUUUUAACAGAACCGAGACCUGCAAGUGUAUUUGUUGUGUAAUGUUAAAAGUAUUGACUUGAUGAAACUAAAAAUCGCACAACAAGUAGUGUUUUGAUCCUGACCUGUAACAAGCUAUGUUGAAACAAAACUGUAACCUGGUCUUGUUUUUAUUCUUCU